CCGCCCAGUUGAUGCAGAUGGCAAGCCGGCGGCGCCUCAGUCUCCUCCUCCGCCGCCCCGGCCAUCUCUCAACCUGUAGUAACCCGCCGAGAUCCCACCUUUCCACCACCGCCGGCCGGGGACCGGCCGAGCCCGCUGACCCGGCCCGCGCGGCAUCGAUCUUGGCCGAGAAGGACUGGUUCCGGCGGCUCAACUCGGAGUUCGCCGCCGCCUUGCCGCGCCUAGGCCCGCGCUUCGUGGUCCGCGUGCUGCACGCCGCCGUGCCCCUCGAGCCCCUCCUCUGCGUCCGCCUCUACGUCUGGGCGGCGCGGUUCGGGACGCAUUUCGCGCGGGACGCCUCGGUGCGGCGGGCCCUGGAGGACGCCCUGUGGCGGCGCGGCCCGGUGGUGCUGUCCGCGGCGCUGGUGGCGGAGGUCAGGGGCUGCGGCUGCGAGGUCUCCGAGGAGCUGCUCUGCACCCUGAUCGCCAGCUGGGGCAGGCUGGGCCUGGCGCAGUACGCGCACGAGGUGUUCGUGCAAAUGCCGCGCCUCGGGCUGAGGCCCAGCACCGCGGUGUACAACGCGCUCAUCGCGGCGUCUGUGAGGGCCGGCGCCGUCGACGCCGCGUACCUCAGGUUCCAGCAGAUGCCCGCGGAUGGGUGCCAGCCGGACUGCUUCACAUACAACACGCUCGUCCACGGGGUCUGUCGGCGUGGGAUCAUCGACGAGGCGCUCCGGCUGGUGAGGCAGAUGGAGGGCGCGGGGAUCAGACCGAACGUGUUCACGUACACGAUGCUGGUCGACGGGUUCUGCAAUGCCGGCAGAGCAGAGGAUGCGGUUCAGUUGUUUAGCACGAUGAAUGAGAAGGGCGUGUCGCCGAAUGAGGCCUCGUACAGGGCGUUGGUCCAUGGCGUGUUCCGGUGUUUGGGGAGAUACAAGGCGUAUGAGAUGCUGAGUAAGUGGCUAGGCCGCGAGCCACCUCUGCACCCAAGUGCAUGGCAUACUAUGCUCUACUGCUUAUCAAAGAACGAGAUGGCCAAAGAGGUAGUUGAGAUUGCGAAGAAGAUGAACACUCGAGGUUAUCUCAUCGACAAUGCAACAUUUGGCACUGUGGUCUCAUGUGCCAUGAAGUGCCUGGAGUUGAGUAGUUUGUGUCAGCUGCUUGAUGAUUUCGUGAAGAAAGGUGGGAAUCCUGCAUUUGAUGUCUACAUCAUGGUUAUCAAAUCCUUACUAGUAGACUGCAAAAGUUCUUCAAAGGCAAAUCAGUAUUUAGAGUGCAUGGUUUUGGAUGGGCUCUUGUCCAGUGUGGCAUCCUAUAACAUGGUCAUAGAUUGCUUUGUCAAGGCAAGUGCAGUGGAUAGGGCAGUGGAGAUCAUAGAACAGAUGCGAGAGAAAGGUUUCCUUCCUAACCUUGUGACCUUUAAUACACUGCUAGAUGGUUAUUCAAAGUUAGGGGAUGUACAUAAUGCAAAGGCUGUUCUUGAGAUGCUUAUGGAGCAUGGGUUCAUGCCAGAUAUCAUUACCUUUACCUCCCUCAUUGACGGGCUAUGUCAUACCCAUCAACUGGAUGAUGCGUUUGAUUGCUUCAAGGAGAUGACAGAGUGGGGUGUUAGACCAAAUUCUCAUACUUAUAAUGUACUGAUGCGUGGGCUUUGUUCAGCAGGGCAUGUUAACAAGGCUAUUGAUCUUCUUAGUAAAAUGAAAAUAGAUGGUAUUACUCCUGAUGCAUACUCCUUCAAUGCCCCCAUUUUGAGUUUCUGCAAAAUGCAGAAAGUAGAUAAAGCUCGGAUUGUUUUUAAUGCCAUGCUGAGAUUAGGUGUUGUUCCUGACAGUGUUACAUGCAAUACCCUGAUUAAAGCUUUUUGCGAUGAAAGAAGAGUUGACGAGGCCAAAGAAAUUCUACUUGCAACUGAGUCUAGUGGCUGUAGUGUGACCGAUCAUCACUCAUACUGGCCAAUUGUUUCCGCACUUACUAAAAGGGGUCGAUUCAGUGAGGCAGGACAGUUGAUGAACAAAUAUCACACCAGAAAUGUUCAAUUGGGUUGUGGUUCUAAUCGUACCACAGAGCCUGGUAUUGAUGUCCGAGUUGUCAAUGUGUGAAUGCGAGUUGGUAUCUAGAUGCUAUUUGAUACAUGAAUGAUGCCCUCUGUUGCAGUGAAGGGUGCAAAGCAGUAUCAUCUUUACUAAGAUGAAGCACUUGGACCUUCUCUACGCUUUUAUGCUCACUGCUAUGUACUACUGCAUUUCAGGAAGGAUAUGGUGGAUGGGUGCUUUUCUGUCUGGAAGUCUUUGCAGUCUUUGCAGAAGAAGUCGAUGAAGAAGUGAAAGUACUCAUCACUACUACGUCAUCAGAAGUUUAACCAGAUGGAAGGCGCUGGGCGGCCAGGAGCGGGGUGCAGGGCGGUGACAAGCUAUGCAGAUGAUCAUAUGCUGGGCGGCGACGAGCGACGCGCCGGCCCGACCGUGGCAACCAGCGUGGUGGGGUACCCCUGGUGGCCCAAGUGGGCACUGUCCUUGAGUCCGCCCCGCUUAUGUGGCCUGGCCUCUACGCUGUUUGGGCCGUUUUAGCGGCGGACGAAGCGGAUGUCCGCCUCUGCCUGCAUCGCGAGUCCUCAGUAAACAUGUAACACCAGGGGCAACAUUUCUGUAAUUAUGCGUAUUGUUUGUUAGAGGCUUAAAGUUGCUCAGGUGCAAAUUUGGCCAUGGAGAGUUGGAGACAGCCAUGCUUUGUUUACAGAAACU